AUGGAGAUGAACUACGAUGAGGCGGAGCUACGCCAGAUCGAGGAGGAGCUCCACGCCGAAAUCCUACCAGGCACGGAGAUCAUGGCAGACGUGGGAAGCCAUCACUUCGUCAAAGGCGGCUCACACGUUCUGGUGCCGCAACCCUCUGCGGACCCGCAUGAUCCUCUUAAUUGGUCACCGUUAUGGAAAGGCUUGUGUAUCGCAGCUUCCUGCAGUGUCUCGUUCGUCGAAGGUUUUGGCCCGCUUGCUCUUGCGCCUAUGUUCCCCUACUAUAUCAAAGACUUCGACAGCGAUCUGGCCUCUGUCGUCAAAUUCACCGGCAUCGCUAUUCUGGUGCUCGGGUUCAGCAACUUCAUUUGGGUGCCGCUGAGCACUUCCUUCGGUCGUCGGCCUGUGUACAUCUUCUCCUUGUUGAUCUGCUUCGGCUCUUCAAUAUGGCGUGCGAGGGCACAGACCUACAGCAGCUUCAUGGGCGCAUGUGUCUUGAACGGUAUUGGCGCCGGGCCCGCAGAGUCGAUACAACCAGCUGUGAUCGCGGACAUUUUCUUCUUGCACGACAGAGGCCUCUGGAACACGCUAUACUGGGUUGUCUACAUGGGAUCGUUGAUGGUUGGUCCUAUCAUUGCGGGCUCGAUGAGCUACCACGUCGGUUGGCGUAACUUCUGGUGGUUCAACACGGCCCUCAUUGCGGCUUCCCUCAUCAUGGUCAUCUUCAUGUUUCCCGAGACGAAAUGGCACCGCCUCCACCCUGACGAGAUGAUGAAACAGGUGAAGGCCGACGAGAACUCUAACUCUGUGGAGAAGCCAACAGCAAAGAACGUCGAGGACCCCGAGAAGCUCGGCGGCACGGUAUCCCACGUGCCGACUCGCGGCACCAUGCCAGACCUCAGUGCCCAAGCGACAUCCGAGCGUGACCCGCACCUCGGGAAGGGCACGCCCAGCACGGCUCAAUGGAGACUGUAUCAGCCCAAUGCGCACCCAUUCAAGUCAAUCUUGCUGGACCUCUGGGUCCCGUGGAAGCUCUUCGCCUUCCCGAUCGUCGAGUUCGCCUCCUUCGUCGUCUCCUGGUCCUGCUCCUCCUUCCUGACGCUCAACCUUACCCAAUCGCAGAACUUUGCUGCGCCGCCGUAUCUCUACAACUCGGAGCUCAUCGGCUUCAUGAACUUCGCAAUCUUGAUUGGCGCCAUGAUUGGGCUGGCUACCGCUGGACCGUUGAGCGAUUGGGUCAGUGCCCGUGCCACGAGGAAGAACCGUGGCAUUCGUGAGCCGGAGAUGCGUUUGCCUGCCAUGAUACCAUACGUCUUGAUCAUGAUACUCGGUAACUUCGUCGUUGCGUUUGGCUACGAGCAAAAGUGGCCGUGGGAAGCUAUCGUCAUCAUCGGAUACACGUGCGCCGGCAUCCAGGUCGCAGCUUUGCCGGCAAUGGUGACGACCUACGCCGUGGACAGCUACAAGCCCGUUGCAGGCUCGCUGAUGGUUUCCAUCACCGUCAAUAAGAACGUCUGGGGCUACGGCUUCUCCGAGUUUCUCACCCCUUGGAUCAUCGAGUCCGGCUUCGUUCCACCGAUCAUGACCAACAUGUGCCUCAUCACCCUUUGGUGCAGUUGUGGUAUCAUCUUCUACAUAUGGGGCAAGGACUUCCGUCGCUGGUCGAAGAACGACUUCGUGCACAAGAUGUGA